AGGCAACGUGGCUCAGAAAAUAUCGUAGAAAAUAGACAUUUAUAUCGACAGAGACAUAUACGUUUGAAGGGAAGAAGACCCAAUUAUUAUGAGUGAUACUCUUUUUUAAAUUAACACGUCUUCACGGGAGGUUUGUUAUUAUAAUUUCUUCUCCUAGUAAUAUAAUCGCAUGUAGAAAAAAAAAUGGGAGACAGGGAUAAAUCUGUGAUCAUUUCUUUCAUUUUCAUUAAAAAAGAAGAAAAAAAGAAGAAACUAAUAAUUUUUUAAGUAAUCAAGUUCAUAAUAUUUCUCAAUGACCGCUAUGUAUUAUUGAAUUCUACGAUUAACAUUUAUAUUUUUAUAUGGUUAUUUUUAAUUGAUUGUUUUUUUAAAGAAAUGAAAAUAACCUAUAAAGAUCCUUCCGUAAAAUUUAAUUUUCAGCGUGUAUGUUAUUGUUCUUGUUUUGUACUUGCAAUCUCGUUUUUCCCAAUGUUUAUAUCCGAACUUUUAUAUUUAUCCUAAAUUGUUUUUAAGGUAUGGAUAUUUUCUGUAUUUUCUGUAUUACAUAUACACACACACAUAUAUAUAUAUAUAUUUUAUAUAUUUAUAUUUUAUAUAUAUAUAUAUUUUUUUUCAUGACAAUAAAGUGACAAAAUUAUUAGUUUAGACUCGGUAUCCUAUGAAUAUGUUGUUUAAUUUCUUUUCUUUAAACAACUCUUUAGUCAUCAUACACGUUUAAGAUAUCUUAAAAGAAUUAUACACAAAAAAUAUUUUUAAUAAAAAGCUUUUAACAUAGAUUAGUAAAACAUAUAUAUUUUAUUAUAAUAUUGCGUCUGAAUUAAAAAUACUAAUAUUUUAAUACUUUUAUAUUGUUAUUGAAUAUAAAUGAAUUUCAUAAAAUAUACAUUGAUAUUUUUUGUGCAAAAUUUUUAUAAGAUAAGUGAUUUUAGAAUUCUUAUAACAAAAUUUUACAAAUACAAUUGGUCAAUUAAAUAUUUCAAUUUUAUCUAUUUACAUAUUUCCAACUUGAAUAAAUAAAUUAUUAAAAAUAAUAAUAUUAUUAUUGUUUUUAAAUACAUUUAAAUUUAAAUUACAAAUAAUAAUAAUAGUAAAUUGAAUAAUUUUAUAACUGUUAUUGAACAUGACAUUAUUCAGCUGCUUAUAAUCACGAAUGGAGCAUGCGUAUAACCUAUCAACUCACGACGUCCGAGCGGUUGUUUAGUGUCUCAACGUUAUUGCAUUAUGGUUCUUGUUUGUAAUAGUGAUACAAGUUUUUGAAUAAAUUUUAUAUCGUUUCACGCUAUUUAAAAAAAGGACAAGUUAUCAUCAUUGAAGAUUUCAUAAUUCUAUUUAGAAACAAACUGUGUGAUAGAUUAACGAGUUUUAACAGAAGGACGAAGAAUUCUGAUAUCGUCAAUCUAAUCGGACUCAUCUGCUCAAAAUGAUGAAUUUUGAAGAAGAAAAAGGAUCUACAAGAUCCUCAUCAUCACGAAAUAUUUGUUGCUGUCUUGCAACAACUAGUUAUAACAAUUCAAAUAUAUAUAGAUAUUUCAUAGACGAUCCAGUCUGAAUGUACUAUCAACUGAAAUAACAGAAGACAUGGAUGAAUUACAAAAUCAGAAUAAUAAUGAUCUGAUCCACUGUAGAUACGACAAUAAUAAUAAUAAUAGCAACAGGUUAACAGCAUAUCUUGAUUUGGAUAAUCGUUUAGAUGAUCCACUUCGAGAACCAGAAGUAACUAUGAAUUUAAACGAAGGUUCUGCACAAUUACUAGUUCAUCCAUUAGAAGAACCAGAAGAAGAUUUAUUUGAUUAUGAAGUUGAUACUUCAUUUCAAGAUAUAAAUACAGAAUCUGAGGAACAAGUGGUACCAUCCAGUCAACUAAGUAAUAGUUAUAAAUAUCUCGAUGAACUUACCAUUUCUGAUGAUGAAGUAGAUGAAGGCAUAUUUGAAGAUGAACCAGCAUCUAAUUUAAUAUUGCCAGAUGACAAUAACAGAUAUAAUUCACAACCUCCGUGAAUAUCUACUUGAGUGUAGUUGAUGUGUUUGUAGAAUAGCACUUUGUGCUAAUUUGCUACCAACAUCUAAUUCAGUUUUCCAUCUAUCAGCCAAAAUCACAAAAUAUACUUCAAAAAAUAUUGUGGUAGUAACAUUAGAACAUUGAUUGUUAUUUUUUUUACAUAUAUAUAUAUAAAGAAAAAACAUUCCAAAUGGCUUCUCAAUUUGUAGCCAUUAUGAUCUAUAUUUCUGUUUUAUUUUGAUGUAAGGAUGAUUUAUAAUUUACUAUGUUUAUUUAAUAUUAUUAUAAAUCUUAUUUUAUUAUAAAAAUAAAACUUUAUGAAAAAAGAGAGAAAAAAAUACAUGGUACGUAAUAUUUUUUCAGUUAAGUGUUAUAUAUUAAAUAUAUUUUGAAAAAAAUUACUUAUUUGAUUACUUCAUUACUAUUUCAGAUAAAAGAUUAAAAAUGGAAUUAAUUUUAAUAUAAAUUAUAUAAAUUAUAUAAAUAAUUUUGUUAAAAUAUAUACAAUGUGUUAAUAUUCAAUAAUGAAAUGUGAUUAAAUUAACAAUGAUGAAAUUUUAUCAUUGCAUAAUUUUUAUUGUACAUUAUUUUGAAAUAUUCUAAAAUAAACUUUAAAUAAUUACAAAAGUAAUUUAUAAUUAUGAAAAUAUAUUUUGAAUGUAAUAAAUAUAUAUUACAGGUAUGAACUUAACUAUUGUAUAUAGUUUUAAAUGGCAUAUAUUUUAUUUAAUGCAUAUGUAAUAAAAGAAUAAACAUAAAAAUAAAUACAAAAUUAAAUACAAAAA